AAGAAAAAAAUAAAAAUAAAAAAUCUCGGACUCCACCCGUCCUCCCUAAUAUUCUUCAUUAAGUUCGCAUGAUUUCUUCUUCUAUUGGGAUCUCAAACUUGGCAGCCUUCUUGAUGUAUUUUUCCCUUCAAAUCUUCUGCUUUUUCUUGCAGAAAAACUUGGGUUUUGUUGGAAGUUUUUUUCUCUAAUUUGCUGCUAUUCAGACCUUCUCCAAUUGCUCGGUUUUCUUGCAAAAAAUUGAAAACCUGUUUGGUAUACUGCUGUUUAGAGUGACAUUUGGAGCCAUUUUAGGUGUGUUUCUGCCCUCUUUAGCUGCUGCAAAAAUUCUCAUUACAUGCCUCUAUUUUCCCUCACAAUUAGGUUGUUGAAUAUUUUUCCCGAGUCAAAGUAAUAAGUAUGAGCAUGAUUAUGAAUCUGAUUAUGAAUGAGUUAAGGAAGAAAUUCUUGAAGUAAGUUUGGAAGAGUUAAAGAGAGUUGGGAAAUUUAUUUGAAGAAUUCAAUUAGAAUGAUUAAUCUGUUAAGAGGUACUGGAUAUUGAAGGGGGGUUGCUGAAUUUAUUUAAGUUGGGCUGGUAGAUGGAAAGUUUAAGUUAAAGAAGGGGAUAUAAAGGAAAAGUGAAAGAAAGAAAUCUUAUUAGCUAGAAAACAUGAAGCUGGAGUUGGUAUCUUGAUUUGAAAUAGUUUGAGGAUGUUAUGAUUCUAGCGUGUCUUUGUUAUGAUUUAGGUUCUUGAGCUUCGGCAUCCUUAACUAGCAAACUUGCUUGCUUGGACCUGAUGUAAGGAAAUAAGAUACAUGGCUGCCCAUUUUGCCAAGAAAAUACAUUUUAUGCCAAAUUUCUAUUUUAUCCAUCUUAAAGCUUUUUACAUGUUUAGCUAUUAAAUCUCCAUUUUUUUUACACCUGCUUUUAUUUCUGCCAUGAACAUCUUAUUUCUAUUUAAACAAGCUAAAACUAGUUUUGUCUACCCAUGAUGAUCAUGUAUAAUGUUAUAUGCCUGGUUGCCAAUGGGGCUACGCAUUGGCCAUGUCAACAUGUUAUUUUGCUUGUUAUAGACCGAAGCUAGCCAGUGUCCUGAUAUUCAUGUUUCUUGCAUGAUAUAUUGUGGCAGACUUCCUGUACUUGUUCCUGAAAAAUAUAUUUUGACACAAUAUUUAAUACAUGAUUAGUCUGUUUUAAGUUCUAGCAUUGAGACAAAGCUCUAUGAUUCAGUUUUGAGUCUUAAUUAAUUAUUUGAAAUUCUGAACAUGUAUGGCAUGCAUACUGAGUUGUGCUCACACCUGCAACAAACAUUUUUAAGUACUGCCUAGAGGCAGGACGACGGGAUAUAUGGGUUGAGACGUAACUAGAUAGUUAUUUUGUUUUUAGGUUUAAUAAUUAAGAUUGAGAUUUUCAUGACUCGAGUUUGGAGAUUUGUGUGAUUUUAUCAUUGGAGACAAUAAAAGUUUCUUGUUAUUUUGGGUUUUGAGAAUUAUUUUUAACAAUGAACUAUGAUAUAGAGUUAUUAUUUGAGUUUUGUAAAUAUUUGGAGUUCAUUGAGUUUCAGUGGAGAAACUUGGAUGGAAUUAUAUUUUGGAGUUAUAUAGAUGUGUAUACUUGUAAGUAGGUUAGCAGGUUCAGAGCCUUGGAUGUCUGUAGAAAUACUCUGCAGGUGUACGGCGUCUGCAUGCUCCUGGUUUCGGGAGGUGAUAGCGACCUUGUCAUCGACCCGCAACAUGGGAUUUUGGAGUCCAAAACUUGCCAAAUCUGGACGGCUUUGAACAUCACAAGCAAAAGCAGGGGAUGUCUGUGCCAAAACCUGGACAGAGCUAAAACAGAAGAUGAAACAGAGGAAAACAGAGACCUCCAUUGCAAAAACAGGGGAGUUCAUUUUGAGUGAUCUUAACAUGAUACCCAGAAGUUAAAUUUUAUAGAGGGAGAGGAGUUGAAUGAUUUUAUAAGAAGAUAUGCUGUUUUUUAGCAGCCCCUGAUGGAAAUGCAUUAAAUUGGGGGUUUGUUUUUUUGGCAGGGAAAACUGAAAUGAGGAUCAGAGAGGGAGUAUCUGAAAGUUAUAUUUGGAGUUUUAGGAAGUAAAGAGGUCAGUGGGUUCAUGAGGGGGAUUUGACAUUUUGUAAGCUGAGGUCUGAAGUUGUGUUUUUUUUGUAGGGACUGCAUGAAUGUGAAGAAAGAGAAGAGAAGGAGCAGUAUAGGAAAUGGUGUAUAAGGGGCUAAAUUUAUUGAAGGUCUUGAAAGUUGAGAUUUUUAGGUAUUUUGUAUUAGUCACGGGAGGGAUGUGGUGGCUUGUAGCUCCAUUCUUUAGCUACCUACUUGGUUAAAGACCAUUUGGAUUGUUCUUAUAUAUAACUCUAAUAACUUACAUAAUACAUUAAUAAUUUUAUU